AUGAAGGACACGUGGCGCAGGCUGGAGACACGUCUGGUGGAGGUGGACUCGGGCCGUCAGAUGGAGUACGAGUUCAAGCUGACUGCGGCACUGGCCGAUAUGAGACAGCAGCAUGACAAGCAGGUCCGGCUCUACAAGGACGAGAUGGAGCAGACCUACAUGGCCAAGCUGGAGAACGUGCGUCUGUCCUCGGAGAUGAACAGCUCUUCAGCGAGUACCCACGAGGAGCUGCGUGAGUCCACGCUUAGAGACGAGAGUCUGGCCGCUCAGAUCGCCAGCCUGCAGAAAGAGGCGCGUGCGUGGCAGGAUCAGAUCAGUGAACUGGAAGUGGCUCUGAGCCGUGAGAAGGAUCUGAGCUGCAGGUUACUGGCAGAGAAAGAGCGAGAGAUCGCAGAGAUCCGAGCCAAGAUGCAGCAGCAGCUGGACGAGUACGAGCAACUGCUGGACGUCAAGCUGGCGCUGGACAUGGAAAUCAACGCUUACAGGAAGCUGCUGGAGGGAGAGGAGGAGAGGCUGAAGCUGUCUCCCAGCCCCUCGUCUCGUGUGACGGUGUCCCGGGCCUCCUCCAGCCGCAGCGUUCGCACCACGCGAGGGAAGAGGAAGCGUGUGGAUGUGGAGGAGUCCGAGGCCAGCAGCAGCGUCAGCAUCGCUCACUCUGCGUCUGCCACUGGAAGCGUCUGCAUCGAUGAGCUGGACGUGGACGGGAACUUCAUCUGCUUGCACAACAACUCUGAUCAGGUGUGUCUCUCUGACCGCAGACACACAAACUCAUUCACAGCACAACACGCAUUUAUCAACAGUGCGUAGAAAAGGUUCUAUAUU